CAUACAGAACACGCAUAAAUUGAAAUGCUGACAGCAAGCCGAACAGAGGAGCUCACCAAACCAAAGAGAAACGGCGCUGUGUCCUCGUUUCAAACACGACUUUGAGGAUGUUGCUGAACGUCACCAACCAAACAGAGGACGACUUCUCCUGCUAUAGCGCUUCAGUAGAAGUCUACCGCUACUUUGCAGUACUGUGGGGUUGCGCAGUCACAAUCACUGGCACGGUGGGGAACCUGAUGACCAUUCUAGCUUUUGCCUCCGACUCACAACUGAGGACCCGCUUCAAUGUGCUGAUCGUCAAUCUGGCUCUAGCUGAUCUCCUCUACUGCACCAUCCUGCAGCCAAUCUCCGUGGAUUCCUAUCUGCACCUGAGAUGGCGCAGCGGCAAGCUGUGGUGCAGGACCUUUGGCCUGCUCCUGUUCCUGUCCAACUCGGUCUCCAUUAUCACCCUCUGCCUCGUAGCUAUGAGUCGAUACCUCCUGGUCGCAAAAAGGGCCGUGUUUGACCGUGUUUUUUCAGACUGCGGCCUUGUUUCCCUCCUGCUGUCAACAUGGGCUCUCGGCCUGGCCAGCUUCGGCCCGCUCUGGUCCGUUUAUGUGUUUGUGCCUCAGGUGUGCACGUGCAGCUUCCAUCGAACCAGGGGUCGGCCCUACACUACCAUCUUGCUCUUUUUCUACUUCUUUGUUGGACUGAGCUGCGUCGGCACAUUCUACCUCCUCAUUUACCGUCGCGUCCGGGUUGCGUCAAAGGCCCUGCUCCGCUACAGGCUGAGCCGGCGGUCUUCCAAGAGGAAACCGGCUCCUUCAGCAUCAGGCACUGAUGACAGUGGUGUUGUAAGUGGGAUGGCCACUGUGAGCAGUGAGCUGAGCGAUCAGGCCAAAUUUGUGCAGAGUAAAGACGACGUCAGUGGUGACAAUGCAUCGCCAAAAACACAAGACAAGCCAACAAAUCAAUUGGGGGAAAGCAAGCCAAACCCCGAUACUGUCACUAAGUCACAUUCAAGUCCGUCUGUGCCCGCCACUGCAGCAUCCCACACAGCAGUUUCUGGAGAUGAUACAGAAUUUAAGCGUGUGACGCGCAUGUGUUUUGCAGUUUUCCUGUGUUUUGUAUUUUGCUUUGUCCCAUUCCUGUUACUCAAUAUUGCCGAUAAGCGCGGCCGUGCCCCGCAGGUGCUGCACAUGUUCUGUGCAAACCUCACCUGGCUCAACAGCUGCAUCAACCCGGUGCUCUACGCGGUCAUGAACCGUCAAUUCCGAAGGGCCUAUCAAUUACUGCUCACCAGGGCAGCAACACCAUUCACAUACCUCUGGAGUAAGAAAUCCUAAAUUCCCCGAGUAUAAAACAUUUCUAAGUGCUGAAAAAAAAAACACAAUUGCAGCAAUAUGUACACUGUAAA